AGGUCCCGGAAAUGCCGAAACAGCAGAAAGAGAAGCUGGAGGAAGACCUGAAGGCGCUCCAAGAAGCCAACAAGGCCCUGCAGAAGGAGAAGCUUUCCUUGCAAGCCGAGAUUUGCACAUUACAGCAAGCGGGAAAGAUCUCAACGCCCUCCGGAGAGUCUCAAGUAAAGGUCAAAGAGAAUGGUCUUCCGGCAGAGCGCCCCCUGGAGGUGGAGUCCCUGCAGGGUUCGGGGGAUGACAGAAAGAGCUCCGGUGGGGACCAGACCGAGCAGCUUUCUCAGAAGCUGAAGGAGGCAGAGGAGGAGAAGGCAGCCCUUCGUCAGCAGCUGGCGACUGCCCAGGAGGAGUUGUCCCGCUUGGCUGCCCGGCAGCAAGAGACCCAGCAGCAGCUGCAGCAAGUUGGGGAGGACAAGGCCUCCCUGAAAGCCCAGGUGACCUCUCUGCUGGGGGAGCUGCGGGAGAGCCAGAGCCGCCUGGAGGCCAGCACGCAGGAGAAGAAGGAGCUGGAGGAAAGGGUCCGUGGGGCUGCAGACCGACUGCAGCACCUGGAAAAGGAGGCGGAGGCCCGUACCAAGCAGCACAGCGUUCAGGUGGACCAGCUGCGGCUGAAGGUGCAGGACCUGGAGAGCGCCCUGCGUGUGGAGAGGCAGAGUGCCACGGAGGAGAAGAAGAAACUAGCCCAGCUCCAGGGGGCGUAUCACCAGCUCUUCCAAGAGUACGACGCCCACAUCAAAGCCAGCAUGGAGAACGAGAAGCGAAGCAUGGAGAACGAGAAGCGAAUCAAGGUCUUGGACCAGCAGGCCGCUGAACUAUCCGACCAACUGCAGCAAGCGGAGGAGGCCCUGGUGGCCAAGCAGGAGCUGAUCGACAAGCUGAAGGAGGAGGCCGAACAGCACAAAGCAAUCAUGGAGACGGUGCCAGUGCUGAAGGCGCAGGCGGAGAUCUACAAGACGGACUUCUUGGCGGAGCGUCACGCGCGCGAGAAGCUCCACGAACAGCGGGAGGCCCUGCUGGAGCAGCUGGCACAACUGCAGCGAGACUGUGAGAAGCUGAAGGCCGAUUCAGAGGGUGCCAGCCGGGCCCUAAUGGAAGAAAUGAGGAAUCGCCACGCAGAGAUGCGCGCCCCGGCUUCUCAGACACCUUACAUGAUGGGUGCCGCCCAGUUCCACCCCCCGCUGGCCCCGGGGCCGAGGCACAGCAUGGCCGAAGAGCAGCCCGACUACUGCUGCCCCAAGUGCCAGUACAGGGCGCCGGACAUGGACACGCUACAGAUCCACAUCAUGGACUGCAUCCUGUGAGGGCGAUGAAGGAAGAGCUCCCCCGCCUGCGACACUGUGCUUUUGUUGUUGUUGCUGCUGCGUUGCCUUAAUUGGAGCCCAGCAGUUCGGCUGCUACGAGUUGACCUUGGACGAUUUUGCUCCUCUCCCGCACACCCCCCCCCCAAAUUUAACUUUUUUUCCCUUCUCUUUCGAGCGUGGCCGAGCCUGCUGCUAUCCUUCGGGGCUCGGAACGGGUAUUGCACUGUUCCUUGGGUUGUGACGAACACGUCGCGAGGGUGAUGCCGCCCCCCCCCCCUUAGGGACGGGCUGGGUCAGGGCAGACAAGCACAGGGAAGGAGGGCUCUCGUUUUUGGGGUGCGGUAAGAGAAGUUCCCCGUGUGCCUUGUUCGCUUCCCAAAGAGCUGCCUCUUCGAGGCUGAUCCUAUAGUGCCUUCAAGACUUCCUCAGUCCCGUUGUGGUGAGGUGGGAAACGUAUAGAAAAACAAAGCCACACGAAGGGGGCGGGGACGGGGAGGCCGUUUCCCUCUGCUUUCUUAAGAGCUGCUGGUUUCUGCGGCCUCUGGAGAGCCGCUGUAUAAAUCUUACCUAACAGUUAAUUAAAGCAAAGUUCAAUAUUUC